GCUAUUUCUUUUGGAUAUAGUUGAGUUGUUGGAGUAGUCUUAAUCAUUGAUUAAGCAUACAUGCCAACCAAUUUGUUUGCUUUCCUUCUAUGUCUUUUAGUAUUUUUCUAUUGUGUGGCUUUGCUUCUUUAUGAAAAUUUUGGAUUAGGUAGACAAUUUAAUGUAUUCCCUAUGAUUUUUUUGAUAAACAAUUCUCAUAUGCUUCCAUGCUUUUGCAAUUUGUCAUGAUGCAUGAGUCAUGGCUUUAGCUCUUUAAUUGUUUUUUUUUGUCCCUUGGUUCACUUUUUGGUUGAACAAAACUACUGUGGUUUGCAGAACAUAUUCUCUUACCAACUAUCUUAUAUGUUAGUGUAAGAAUAAACUGUGGUUGUUGUAGUGUCAAGUCCUUGCAUUCAUGACAGAAAUUUGAGUUAAACAGAGUUGUUACAAGGCAAAAUCAUCUAUGUGAAAUGGCUAUAGAAGAUACAGAGAUUUGUGUCAUUAAGGAGCCUGAUCGAGUUGUAGUCUAUUCGGAUGGCAUUUCCCACGACUCAGGUCACGAAGCCCUAACCGAUAAUAUUACUGAGUCAUAUGAGCAUAUCAACGAGACUAAUGAACAUCAUAGCUCCGAGGAGAGCACAAAGGAAUAUGAGGUGAAGGAAUGUACGACAGAAGUUCCUGUUAAGAUCCCUGAUGUCUCUAAUGCUAAAAAAUCUGAUGGGAGGUUAACUUCAGGUUUUGAGGGUGUCCAUAGGGAGAAAAGUUUAAAAGCAAACAAAACAAAGGGUAAUCAUAAGCCCCAAGAUAAUGUGAUGGGAAAUCUUCAUAGCAAGUGUACAGGUAGUGUUCAAAUCAAGGCCACGGUUCCACAGCCAUUUUCCCUAGCCACUGAGAAGCGUGCUGUAGUUGGAAUGCGUCCGAAUUUCGGAGAAGAUAACAAGAGCAGUAACCAGAGAAAAUCUGUAAAUAAAAGAAAUAUUCUGUCUCCCAAUGUAUUUAAACAGAAUCAGUUGAAAUCACCUGUAGUUCUGAGAAAACCAUUGGAACCAGAUAACAAGAAGCAUCCUGAAGAGGACGAUUCUUGUUCAGUUGCUUCUAUAACUUCUGCUUCUGCACGAUCAAUCAAGGCGAGGACAACUGUUGCUUCUGCGCCAAUGUUUCGGUCAACUGAACGUGCAGAAAAAAGGAAGGAGUUCAAUUCAAGAUUAGAGGAAAAACUCCAAGCAAUGGAAGCUGAGAAGAACAAAAAUGAAGAAAGGACCAAGGAAGAGAAGGAGGAAGCUAUCAGGAAGCUGAGGAAGAGUUUAAUGUUUAAAGCAAGCCCUAUGCCAAGUUUUUACCAUGAGGGGCCUCCACCUAAGGCUGAAUUGAAGAAGAUGCCACCAACACGUGCAAAAUCUCCAAAACUGGGUCGGCGGAAGAGCAACAAUGGUAAGGUUAAUAGUUCCGAAGGGGAUAAGGCCAAAGGAGCCACUGCUCGGAGAAGGCACCAGGCACCAUCAAGCGACAAUGAUGCUAGUACAGACAAUGUCGAUGAUAGAACUUGCAUGAAGGAUGAAAAAGGCAUUUGUGAACUCGAAAACAAUGGCAAUCAUAUUGAGGAAAUUAAUGUGGGCAGAGUAACUGAACAAGUGGAAGACUUGGAUAUCAGUAACCAAUCAAGUUUUCAGUAAGAUUGGUUUUCCACCUUUUUUUUUUCUCCAAGUUAUGAGGAUAUGGGGUCUUGUUUCUUGCAACUGUCAAGCAUGUUUACUUUAUUUCCUUUAACUUAUGUAAGCACUUGCUGUUGUGCUUUUGUGUAUGUAAUGUAAGUAGCUGGAAAUGUUUAUUCUGUAAUUUAUCUCAACUUCUCUUGCAAAAGUAAGUUCUGUCACUCAUAUGAGCUAUCUAAGAACUUGUUUGGUCAGCAUGAAAUCCAUGUCAGAUUGUCUGGAGUUGUUUUUAAAUAAUGUUGUGCAAAGAACAGAUUAUUUAUGCCACAUUAUUGUAUUCUUGUGUUUUCUA